CGCCGACGAUUCAUUCCAGCAUACCGGUAGAUUCAUAGAUCGUUGUUUCAAACUCAUUUGGCAUCAUCAUAUUUUAGGCCUUACUCGACACCGAAAAUCAAUAUCACACUACUGAUAUCUAUUGGAUCCCCAAUUGAAGAAUCAAACAGGAGAGUGAAUCCAAAUUUUGCUGCAUCUCCAAGAGCAACAGUCACGCCCAAAAUAUCACAAGAAUUUCAUCCAUCAUGCCAACACCCGCAGGACCAAAGUUGGAGUUUUUAGAAGCCUCCGAGGUAAGAACUGUCGCUGUUUUGGAAUAUGCUCAGCUAUUCGAUUCGAUGAUUUGCGAUGCGUAUCGAUUCUUUGACUCGAUGAGUCGAUUCCUUGCGAUGCGACGGAAUUGUGUUUCGUGUUUCCUUCCCUUGAUUGUUGGACGAGGCCCUAUUUGAUCUUAUUGCGGCGCGGGAAUAUAGGAACAAACAACGCAUAAUGCCUUCGAGGAAGAGAAACCAAAAUUCAGUUUUGACCUGAUUUGAAUUUCAAAAGUGAAGACUCUAUUUUGUUGCUAGAUAGUAUCGGAGAAGACAAUGCGAAAUUGUAAAAGGUGCCUGUCCAGCAAUUGCAAUGGCCGUGCCUGUCACGAUCAAAACUGAAGUAGAACAUAACGCAGCUUUUCUUGUUCGUCUGAAUCAAUUAAAAUAAGAUAAAAUGUGUCCGCUCUCACCAAACCUCGCGUAAUCGAUUGAUAUUGAUUCAUUUUUUCUUCCACGAUUUCUACUGCCUGUACCAACUUUUUGUCGCGACUCGGUUUUCAUCUGCAAAUCGAAACAGACGACCAUUUCGAUACAAUUCAAGCCGGUCUCAUCGGUCGGCAAGUACGAACUGGAGUGGAAACUAGUCGAGCACGAGUGGACUUCACCGAUCGGCAAGACAACAGUGAAGGGAGAGGGAAAGCUCCUGAAGGCCGAAGCGGUUGACCUCGAUCCGGGGAUGACUUACUGCCUUCGAGCCUUUUGUCUCGGCGCGGACGGAUCGAAGGGUCAUUCUGCCGGUCCUGAGCUGAUCAUCGACACGGAACAGGUGGGCUGCACGCCCAAGGCCGAGAAAUCGUGCUGUGUCAUACAAUAAGAACAGAGUGGUACGGUAACGAUGCGAUCCAUAGUCCGCAUUACUAUUUCACUAGUAUAAUUUAUAAUGUUGUAAUUUAUGGAGGACGAUUAGCUUCAUGAAGCGAAAGUAGACUACUUACACGAGUCAAGCAAGGCAAAUAGAAGAUGCGGAAUAGCUCUUGAGAUUGCUCCAAUUGAUGUGUACAAUCGGUCUACUUGUGGGCACGGAACAUAUUCGUUUACCACGUUCCAUUUCAGAUUUUCUAUUUUGCUGUAAAUGAUUUACUUUUUUCAUAUUUUUUGAAUUGUAUCGAAUCGUUUCAAAGACUGAAAACUCUACUCGACACCAUCUCGAAAGAAAAAGGGAACGCCACCGGUUGACCUUUGAAGUGAUAUUAUUUUGCAUACGAUUAAUGUCUUUGCUGCGAUUCUUACCGCUUGCUUGUAUUGUUCUUCGUUUUAUUCGAGCGUUGCUUACUUAUGCUUUGUUGUGUUGCGUUUUUAUUCAAUCGUAUUUCCAUACCGGAACUCCCGCAAGGGUGCUCGCCAGCGUCACCCCUGCGGCGCAGCACGUAAUCCACAUCACAACUCCAAAGCCAAAAAUCAACCCGAUGGCAUUCGUUCGUGUACAACCUAUUCGUUUCUGAACGUGCUGAACAAAAUGUUCCAUUUUGUGGGUUACCCCGAGGGCAAACGCGAUCCGAAACGGACGCGCCAGCGCCGCAACUACGUACAAACUCGCAUAUGCCGCCAAGAGGCUUCUCCAAUUUCCGGGAGCUAAAGGUGAAAGACCACUCUGUUGUUCAUUAGUUUAUCAGGUGUGCAACGUAUGAGUUAUAAACAAACGGAUGAACAACAACAGAAAAAACAAAAAGGAAUUUCCGUCUUAUGUAAAUAAUCAAAUCUUCACGGGUUUUCUUUGAAGCAAUCACGAAGCAGCAACAAACAAGGAAUCGAUCUAUAACACGUACUUUCAUUGAUGCUAUGUACCAAGCAGUCGAUAGCGUGAUGCUGCCAUUGAUGUUACUUAUCAUGUUGUAAGUCAAUCCAAAAUCAAUGCCCAUUUUCGCGAUUUCCUUUCUAUCGAAUUUCAUUGACUCGGUUAUUUUCCCCCAAACUCUUGUUAAAACACUACUUCGUUUUUGUUUUGUUGUGGUGGUGAUAAGAGAUUGUAUGGAGUGCCCAUCGUCGGAAAGAAGGAGCGGAAACGUCAUGUUUUGCGAUACCUCACCUAUAGUAUCCAGUCUCGUGGAAUCGAUGGCAUAAUGCAGGGGCAAAGACGUUAAAGAAUUGUAGCGCUGCUGGCGAAAAUUCGGUGCUCUUGGUUGUCUAAUACUCGUUCUACUGGGCGCAAGCCCGUUGACACCACCAAAUAACAGUAAUAGGAAGAACGGAACGUCGACCACCAUUCGGCUCAGAAGCCGUUUUCCCCGCCUCAUCUCGACGUUAUUUAUCCCUGUUGACGGAAACGAGGCCGAAUGAUUCAUGCUUCGAUGGUGUUACAACGGAACUGUUGAGUAAAUCAAAUAGGUUUCU